UCUUCCCGUCUUCGCGUGCGGCGGCGCUCCCCCCAUCCCACCACGUCCCUCCUCCGCGCGGCACCACCGCCCCUCUGCUCCGGCAGUGAUCAACUGGACGGCGGCAGCCUCCCCUGCGUCGCGGCGCCAAGGACAGCGCCUCUCUCCCGUGCGUGAAGCCGCCUAGGCCGACGUCUCCCUGCGUGCGUGGCAUCGCCCAGGCCGGCGUCUCCCUCCCGCGCGUGGCGUCCCGGAGGCCAUGGCCUUCGCGUGCGCAUCCCAUGUGCGCCGCAUCCUCCUCCACCCCGGCGCCGGAGCUCCGGCGAGAUCCUUCUACGCCCAGCCCUACCAAGCCAAGGUAGGCCUGGUGGAGUUCUUGAACGGCGUCGGGAAGGGGGUGGAGACGCACGCCGCCAAGUUGGAGGAGGCUGUAGGCGGCGAUCUGCAGAGGCUGCUCGAGACCCGCACGCUGCGGCUCAAGAAGCUCGGCGUCCCCUGCAAGCAUAGAAAGUUGAUUUUGAGUUUCGCUCACAAGUACCGUCUUGGUCUUUGGAAGCCCCCGGCAGAAGCCAGGAAGGUGCAAUAAAAGUUGGUUUGUUUUUGAAGUGUCGAGUUGGAGAAGUAUGUGCUGUUAUUGGGCCGAAGCAUGUUUGGGACAUUGAAUAGUUAUGUUGUAAUUUGGAUCCCGCAAACCGAAUGUUCUUCUACUCCAACUAAUAACUGGCCCUGGUGAUGGUACUCAGGAUUUCUCUCUGUCAGGUUUGGGCAAGUGUCUAGAAAUUUUCUUUGUCGCAGAGACCAUCAUCACUCUAUUGGACUAAAUGGCUGUGGUCUUCCUAACAUUGUACUGUACAACACCCGUCAGAGGUUGAAGAUUGCACUGAA